UUGAUGUUCCUUUCAAAGAAAAAUGGAGAUCAUGAAUAGGAUUCAUGUGCCAAAAAAUGAAUAGAAUCGCUGAACGUUUGAGUCUGCAAAACCUUUCAGUUGUAAAUACUUAAAUUGCUAAUGGCAGGACAUGUUCUAUUUGCAUUGUUUCAACUUGCUUUGACUCUUGCAGUUCUUGUUCAACCCAAAAAUCAGUCAGGAUUCAUCAGUAUUGAUUGUGGACUCGUGGAUAAACUAAACUACACAGAUGAAACUACUUCAAUCUAUUACACAUCAGAUGCCAACAUCAUAUCCAGUGGAAUUAGUCACAGUAUAUCAUCCAAAUAUAAGACACAGACUCUUAAAAGGCAGUUCUGGAAUGUUCGAAGUUUCCCAGAAGGAACUAGGAACUGCUAUACCCUUGAUGCUUCUCGAGGAAGUAGCAGCAAGAACCUAGUGAGAGCCAUGUUCAUGUAUGGAAACUAUGAUGGUGAAAACUCUCUUCCCGAAUUUGACAUCUAUCUUGGAGCCAAGUGGUGGGACUCUCUGAGGUUUCAGAAUGCAUCCGAUAUAGUGAUCAAGGAAAUCAUUUAUGUUGCUUCAGCUGAUUAUAUUCAUGUUUGCCUUUUUAACACCAACAAUGGCACACCUUUCAUAUCAGUGCUGGAGCUUAGAGUUCUUGACAAUGAUGCCUAUUUUCUUACCUCUAUGGAGCUCUUGGCUCGGCACGAUUUAGGGUUGCAGGAUGGUGAAUUAAUCAGGUACCCAGAUGACAUGUAUGAUAGAAUAUGGACACCUUAUAACUCAAAAGACUGGAAACAGAUAAACACCUCACUCCCUGUAGACCAAGGAUCAUCAUCAUCAAUAGCAGCAUCAUCAUUCAGUUUCAUAACAUUUCCACCAUUCAACGUCAUGAGAACAGCAGCAAUUCCGGCAAAUGUCAGCAACAACAUGGAAUUUCACUUCAUGCAGUCCAGGGACAAUGUCUCCAUAUUCUAUGCAUACUUGUACUUUGCUGAAAUACAGAAACUCCAAGCAAAUCAAAUCAGACAGUUUAACAUUUUCGUGAAUGGAGACAUUUUCAUUGCUAAUGCCAGUCCUUCAUACCUCGAAACCAGUUAUUAUUUAGCUAUACAAAUUUCACCUUGGCUUAAUAUUUGGAUCAAUGAAACGGAUAGAUCGACUCUUCCUCCUCUUUUCAAUGCCAUUGAGGUAUACAUGGCUAAGAAUCUCUCACAAUCACAAACACAGCAAACAGAUGUUGAUGCUAUCAUGAGCAUCAAAUCAUUCUAUGGGAUCAAGAGAAACUGGCAAGGAGACCCUUGUACUCCACAGGCAUACUCGUGGGAUGGCCUUAAUUGCAGCUAUGACGGAUCUGGCCCACGAAGGAUCACAUCCUUGAUCUUAUCCUCUGCCGGAUUAACUGGAAACAUAGCUCCAGAUAUAUCGAAUUUAAAGUCUAUUGAGUAUUUGGAUUUAUCAGACAACAAUUUAGUUGGGGAUGUACCUAGUUUCCUGUCUCAAAUGCAGUUCUUGAGGGUUCUAAACCUAGAAGGCAAUCAGCUAUCAGGAACGGUUCCAACAGAACUUAUUGAGAGGUCAAAGAAAGGAUCACUUAACCUCAGUUUUGGUGGAAAUCCAAAUCUUUGCUCUCCAGAAGGUUCAUGCAAGAGUAGUAAGCCAAAAGUUGCCAUUCUAUUAGUUUCAUCACUAGCAGGUGCCGUUACACUGCUGGCAGUCACAAUUACCUUCCGCAUCUUCAGAAAAAGACAAAUAGUUUCCAUAUGUCCAGUGAAGCUGAGUGCUCAUUCCAGAAUAAACAAUGAGCUAGGGCUAAGGAAACAACAAUUCACAUAUGCUGAAGUUUCUAGAAUUACCAACAACUUUGAAAAGGUUGUGGGAAAAGGAGCAUUUGGAACAGUCUACCAUGGCAUCUCAAGUAACACUCAGGUUGCUGUCAAGAUGCUCUCUCCUUCAGUUCAAGGAUAUCUGCAAUUUCAGGCAGAGGCAAAACUUCUUGCUAAAGUGCACCAUAAUCGGUUGACUGCUCUGAUAGGAUAUUGUGAUGAUGGCUCCAACAUAGCCCUCAUCUAUGAGUAUAUGGCUAAUGGUGACUUGGCUAAACAUUUAUCAGAGAAAAAUGAGAACAUCUUGGAUUGGAAACAACGGCUACAAAUUGCAGUUGAUGCUGCAGAAGGCUUGGAGUACCUGCAUACGGGAUGUAAGCCACCAAUUGUUCACAGAGACGUCAAAUCCCAAAACAUCUUACUGAAUGAAUAUUUCCGAGGAAAAAUAGCUGAUUUUGGAUUGUCAAGAAUCUUUCCUGAUGACAGUGAUACGCAUAUAUUUACUAGGAUAGCUGGCACCCCAGGAUAUCUUGAUCCCGAGUACAAUAUGUCAAACAGGUUGACUGAGAAAAGUGAUGUUUACAGCUUUGGGAUUGUUCUGCUUCAGAUAAUUACAGGACAACCUGCUAUAGCCAAGACAGAAGAAAAAUCUCACAUAGUCCAAUGGGUUAAUCUCAUGCUUCCUGAAAGCAAGAUUGAUGAUAUUGUGGAUCCAAGAUUAGAGGGAAACUUUGAUAAAGAUUCCGCAAGAAAAGCGUUGGAUACUGCCAUGGCUUGUGUGGUACCUUCUUCCCUGAAUAGGCCAAAAAUGAGUAACGUAGUGAUGGAAUUGAGACAAUGUUUAGCUAUGGAAACGGCUCAUGGAGUUCGUAGUAAAAUUGAUUUCUCAUUUGGUGGAAUUAGUGGAGAGAGUUCUCUGGCUAGAUAGUUAAAAUAUUGGCAAAGUUAACACUGCCUUCUUUCUUUUUUAUUUCAUGGUGCAUGGAGGGAUAGUUUUUAUGGAGAAGAAUAUUUCCAUAAUGGCCUGCUGGAUUUGUACCCAAAAAUAAAAGAAAGAAGAAUUGCAGACUUUUCUUUUUCCCCCCCUUAAUGAGGGAGAUUUUAUGAGACUGGGACAGGGUGAAGCUUUUUAUUCUGGGGCUUGUUAUUUUUAGUGAAAUUUGACCUCAUGCAUUGUUGAUUAUAAACAAUUUGCUGAGAUUUAAUAAACAUUCUUUCUACUCUC